GGCACUGCCACCCUCAGCGGCCCCGGCACGGUCCCUGCCCGACAUUGGUCCCCAAAAGGAAGCUGCUCCCAGGGGAAAGGGUUGGGAAGGAGCGUCGUGGUCCCAAAGAUACUCGGGACAGUGGCAAAGCCACUUGUGGUGAUGGCAAAGCCACCCAGGAUGAUGGCAAAGGCACAAGGACAAUGACAAAGCCAUCAGGACCGUGGCAAAGCCACUCAAGAUGACGACAAAGUCACUCAGGACAAUGGCAACCCCCCAGGACAAUGGCAAAGGCACCCUGGAUGACGGCAAAGCCACCCAAAAUGAUGACAAGGUCACCUAAAAUGAUGGCAAAGCCACCAGGACGAUGACAAAACCACUCGGGGUGAUGACAAAGCCACCAGGACGAUGACAAAGCCACCCAAGAUGAUGGCAAAACCACCAGGAUGCCACUUUCUCACAGCGAUCCCCUCUCCGGGGGUCCCCACUCCCCUCCCGGCUCAGGUGGGUGCUGGGUGACCCCCGAGGUGACAGGAGGGUCCCACCUGUGCCCGCUUCACAUCGGCCUCGUCCUCCUCGUCCUGGGAGAGCAGCGAGUCCAGAUCAUCGCUGCUGUGGACCAGGGGGGCUCUCCGGGGGUCUCGGCGGCGCCGGCAGAGCCCCCCCAGCUGCUCCGCGCUGGAGCCGAGCUCGGGGCUCUCGCUGGUGGAGGGGGGGGACACAGGGACCUUCAGCUGGGGGGACACCCCAAAACCAGGACCCGUCCCCGAGGGGUGAGCAGGAAUUUGGGGGUGUCCUCAGUGAGGCAGGGAUGCACGGAGGGUCUCAAUCCAUGGAUUUGGAGGGCUCAGGGACACAGGAUGGUCCUUGACCCCUGGGUUUGGGGGUCUCGGGAUGGGGGGACAGGGACAUGGGAGGUUCCCACGCCUGGAUUUGGGGGUGUCAGGACAGGGGACAGGGACAUGGGAGGUUCCCACGCCUGGAUUUGGGGGUGUCGGGAUGGGGGACAGGGACAUGGGAGGUUCCCACGCCUGGAUUUGGGGGUCUCGGGAUGGGGGACAGGGACAUGGGAGGUUCCCACGCCUGGAUUUGGGGGUCUCGGGAUGGGGGACAGGGACAUGGGAGGUUCCCACCACUGGAUUUGGGGGUCUCGGGAUGGGGGACAGGGACAUGGGAGGUUCCCACGCCUGGAUUUGGGGGUCUCGGGAUGGGGGACAGGGACAUGGGAGGUUCUCACGCCUGGAUUUGGGGGUCAGGGUUGGGGGGGGGUGGUGACACGGGGGUCCCCCCUACCUGAGCUGGUCGUAGCCGGGGAUCCCCCGCGGCUCCUUGCCCGGUUCCCAGCUGUGCCGGCGGAAAGGAUCCAGGGAGCUGCGGAGCGUCCCGGAUCUCCGCAGGGACACCCCGGGAAAUCGCCGGGAACAGCGGGAUAACGGGCUGCCGUGAGGGCACCCCGAACCUGGCUGGACAGGGCUGUGACUGCCCCCAGCGAGCCCCGGGGGGGGCCCAGCACCGUGACCCCCUCCCCAGUUCCUGCCUCCAGACCCCAGCGGUCGCUGUUCUCCCGGGGAAAACCCUGGGAAAAGCGGGGCAGGGGGCUCCAGGCCGGGCGCUGCCGGCCCUAUGGGACCCUCCAGACUGUUGCUGUCAAGGGCUCUGACUGCCCCCAGCGAGCCCGGGGGGGCCCCGCCGCCACGACCCCCCCCCAAUUCCCACUCCGGGACUGCCCCUCGGCCCCACCAGUCACUGUUCUCCCGGGAAAAUCCUGGGAAAAGUGGGGAGGGGGUUCCAGCUGCAGCUGUCAAGGGCUCCUCCUGCUCCAUCCGACUCCAGCGAGGCUGGGGGGGGUCCUCAGCACCACGACCCCCCCCAACCCCCCAAGUUCCCACCCCCCAGCCCCCACCGAUCCCUGUUCUCCCCAAAAAACCCCGGGGCCGCCCUCAGAGCCAGGAAAAUUGGGGAGGGGGAGACAAUCCGGGCACCCUAUGCCCCCCCCCCCCCCCCCCAACACCAAGCUGGGGGGUUCCACCAGAGGCCCCCUCCCCUAAUUCCACCCCCAGACCCGACCAGGCACUGUUCUCCUGGGAAAACCCUGGGAAAAUUGGGGAGGGGGGGGCAAUCCAAGCACCCCCAGCCCCCAAACCCCGGGUGAGGGGGUCCCGGCCCCCCCGGGGUGGUUGUACAUAACCCCGUAGGUAGAGACCCCCGGGGGGGGGGCGGGGGAGGGGGGGGGCUGCUUCUGCCUUUACUUUAUCAUUUUUCCGGCUAAUCAUCAUGUUUAAGGAGAAAUCCCGCUCCCCCCCCCCCCCCCCAAAUAUGUACCCC